AUGGAUCCUCGCCAGUCUUCCUACGAGCCGUUUCGGCACGCCCAGGACAACUACGAGGCCGACAAACAAAUAGAUGCCUCGGCGGACGACGAGACCCUGCUGAAACGAGAGAAGGACUCCCGCCAGCUGGGCUCUUCGAGCCUGCCAGGGAGAGACGCCGGCGGGUUUGGCAAGAAGCGCGCACCUCACGCCCGCUUUCAACCCGCCCGCACCGUUUUGAGAAUCCUGUCGCUCGUCUUGGCCAUCUCCGUUCUCGGCAUUCAGGCCUACUCGGUGUACAUCUGGCUCAAGACGCGUGAACAGAGGACACAGAACACGAAAACGAGAAUCCAAACCAGGAUCUGGGCUUUUCUUGACCCUUGGCCGACGUGGGUCAUGCUAGGAGCUGCUGUGGUUGCCAUCGUCACCCACCUUACAGCAUUCGGAAGCCUCUGUGGCUGUUGUGCAAGCGCGCGAAAGGGGGCAUCUCACGUCUGGGCAGUCUAUGUGAGCUCCACCAUAAUGCUGCUCGUGUGGAUUGCUGCGGUGAUCCAAUUCAAGAUCGUCGACAACAUGGGUAGUAAGAAGACGAAAUGGGAUAUCUGGUCGUGGACCUGCUACAAACACUCCACCAAGGACGGAGCUGUGGCCUGGAACGCCCUUUGCGUUGAGAAUAACUACACCUUUUUCGCAGGAAUCGCCAUUUUGGUUUUGGAAGGUCUCGGCGUCAUCCUCUUCAUCAUCUCACAGCGCGGCGUGAAGAUGAAUAUGCCCCGGGUGAAAGUGGGGACUCCCUCGGGAUACCGACGUUUCUAG